GGGGAGAAAGACCUGGAGGGGAAAGGACUCUGUGAGGGAGCCGGUGAGAGACUAUGGGGAAGGACCAGGAGCUGCUGGAAGCUGCUCGCACUGGCAAUGUGGCCCUGGUGGAGAAACUCCUGUCUGGCAGGAAAGGAGGGAUCCUGGGCGGCGGAUCUGGACCCCUGCCCCUGUCUAAUCUGCUAAGCAUCUGGCGAGGCCCCAAUGUGAACUGCACAGACAGUUCGGGUUACACUGCUUUGCACCAUGCGGCCUUAAAUGGACAUAAGGACAUAGUACUCAAACUACUUCAAUAUGAGGCAUCAACCAAUGUAGCAGACAACAAAGGUUACUUCCCUAUUCACCUGGCUGCCUGGAAAGGAGAUGUGGAGAUUGUGAAGAUUCUCAUUCAUCAUGGACCAUCACAUUCCCGCGUCAAUGAACAGAACAAUGAAAACGAAACCGCCCUACACUGUGCAGCCCAGUACGGACACUCGGAAGUGGUGGCUGUUCUCCUAGAAGAGCUCACUGAUCCCACCAUCAGGAACAGCAAGCUAGAAACGCCCUUGGACCUGGCGGCGCUCUACGGGCGUCUGCGAGUGGUCAAAAUGAUCAUCAGCGCCCACCCCAACUUAAUGAGCUGCAACACCCGGAAGCACACGCCGCUACACCUGGCCGCUCGCAAUGGCCACAAGGCCGUGGUUCAGGUGCUGCUGGAAGCUGGCAUGGACGUGAGCUGUCAGACAGAAAAAGGGAGUGCACUCCAUGAAGCAGCCUUGUUUGGAAAGGUGGACGUUGUUAGAGUUUUGUUAGAAACAGGAAUCGAUGCCAACAUAAAGGAUAGCUUAGGUAGAACUGUCUUAGACAUUCUGAAAGAACAUCCAUCUCAGAAAUCUCUCCAGAUUGCAACGCUCUUACAAGAAUAUGUAGAAGGUGUGGGAAGACCAAUAGUCCUUGAAGAACAUGUACAGGAAGAUACAACACAAGAAACACACAUUUCAUCUCCUGUGGAGUCUCCUUCCCAAAAGACCAAAAGUGAAACUGUGACUGGAGAAUUAUCAAAACUCUUGGAUGAAAUAAAACUUUGUCAAGAAAAGGAUUAUUCUUUUGAAGAUUUGUGCCACACAAUAUCAGACCACUACUUAGAUAAUUUGAGCAAGAUUUCAGAGGAAGAACUUGGGAAAAAUGGAAGCCAGAGUGUAAGAACUUCAUCUACAAUAAAUUUGUCACCAGGAGAAGUGGAAGAAGAAGAUGAUGAUGAAAACACAUGUGGGCCCUCAGGACUCUGGGAAGCAUUAACUCCUUGUAAUGGAUGUAGGAACCUUGGCUUCCCUAUUCUUGCACAGGAGUCCUAUCCAAAGAAGAGGAAUUACACUAUGGAAAUCAUACCAUCUGCUUCUCUUGAUACGUUUUCUUCAGAAAACGAGAACUUUCUAUGUGAUCUCACGGACACAGCAGUUACAAAGAAACCUUGCUCCUUAGAAAUUGCAAGAGCUCCCUCUCCGAGAACUGAUAAUACCUCUGAGGUAGCAAUUACUGCUCCAGGGACUAGUAACCAUAGAAACAGCUCGACAGGCCCAACACCUGACUGCUCACCUCCAUCCCCCGACACUGCCCUCAAAAAUAUUGUAAAAGUUAUUCGACCCCAGCCUAAACAACGAACAUCUAUUGUGUCUUCUCUGGAUUUUCAUCGAAUGAAUCACAACCAAGAAUAUUUUGAAAUCAACACAUCUACAGGGUGUUCAAGCUUUCCUUCCAGCCCUCCUGCUAGUCCACAUACCUCUUCUGCGGGAAUCACGGAAGUCAAGAAUGAGGGAACCGGCCGAACAGAUGACCUCUCUCAGCAGGAGGACAGUGAUCCCCCGAAAGAAUAUGACCCUGGGCAGUUUGCAGGCCUUCUUCACGGAUCCUCUCCAGCCUGUGAGUCCCCUGAAAAUCCAUUCCAUCUCUACAGAAAAAGGGAUGAACAUGAAGGACACGCCGAAGUCACUUUGUCAAAUAGUCCUUUGCCUUUCAAACAGUCUCCGAUAGAAAAUAGCUCGGAACCUGUGGUAAAGAAAGUUAAACCCAAAGUGGUCAGUAGGACAAUUUUUCACAAAAAAAGCAACCCACUCGAAAACCAUACCAUUGUUGGCACAAGAACAACUAGGAGUGGAUCCCGGAAUGGGGACCAGUGGAUUGUGAACACAGGAGGAUUUGUGGAGAGAGCCUGUACCCUGGGGAGAAUCAGGUCAUUGCCAAAAGCUUUGAUUGACAUGCACUUAUCCAAAACUGUGUCUAAAUCGGAUUCUGAUCUCAUUACCUACCCUUCAAAUGAGAAGACAUCAAGAGUUAACUGGAGUGAAUCUUCAACUGCUGAACACAGUUCCAAAGGGAAUUCUGAGCGGGCACCAUCCUUCACUUCUGAAUGGGAAGAAAUUGACAAAAUCAUGAGUUCCAUAGAUGUUGGAAUUAACAGUGGACUUGAAGAAAUGAAUGGCGAGACUGCAAGACCCAGAUGCCCUGUCCAAACAGUGGGACAAUGGUUGGAAAGCAUUGGGCUACCUCAGUACGAGAACCACCUGAUGGCUAACGGAUUUGACAAUGUGCAGUUUAUGGGAAGCAAUGUUAUGGAAGAUCAGGAUUUAUUGGAAAUUGGAAUCCUUAAUUCUGGACACAGACAAAGAAUUCUACAGGCAAUCCAGCUUCUUCCAAAGAUGAGACCCAUCGGCCACGAUGGCUACCAUCCCACCUCUGUCGCUGAGUGGCUGGAUUCCAUCGAACUGGGUGACUACACCAAAGCCUUUCUAAUUAAUGGCUACACAUCGAUGGACCUGUUGAAAAAAAUCUGGGAGGUUGAACUUAUUAAUGUUUUAAAAAUCAAUUUGAUUGGCCACAGGAAACGUAUUUUGGCAUCUCUGGGAGACAGGCUGCACGAGGACCCACCACAGAAGCCCCCUCGGUCCAUCACGCUCAGGGAACCCAGUGGUAAUCACACUCCUCCUCAGUUGUCUCCGUCACUUAGCCAAAGCACUUACACCACUGGUGGCUCCCUAGACGUUCCUCACAUUAUCAUGCAGGGCGAUGCAAGGAGGAGAAGAAAUGAAAACUACUUUGACGAUAUUCCGCGAUCAAAACUGGAGAGGCAGAUGGCCCAGACAGGAGACUGGGGAGAACCUUCCAUUACCUUGCGACCUCCAAAUGAAGCUACAGCCUCAACUCCAGUACAGUACUGGCAACACCACCCGGAGAAGCUCAUCUUCCAGUCGUGUGAUUACAAGGCUUUUUAUCUAGGUUCUAUGCUGAUAAAAGAGCUCAGGGGGACAGAAUCAACCCAGGAUGCUUGUGCAAAAAUGCGGGCUAACUGUCAGAAGUCCACAGAGCAAAUGAAGAAGGUCCCUACUAUUAUUCUUUCAGUCUCUUAUAAAGGAGUCAAAUUUAUUGAUGCAACAAAUAAGAACAUAAUUGCCGAACAUGAAAUUCGUAAUAUUUCCUGUGCUGCCCAGGACCCAGAAGACCUCUCAACAUUUGCUUAUAUCACAAAAGAUUUGAAGUCGAACCACCACUACUGUCACGUGUUUACUGCCUUUGAUGUGAACUUAGCCUACGAAAUCAUCCUAACACUGGGACAGGCAUUUGAAGUCGCUUACCAGCUCGCACUACAAGCAAGAAAAGGGGGACAUUCCUCCACACUUCCAGAGAGCUUUGAAAACAAACCCUCCAAGCCCAUCCCCAAGCCCCGCGUUAGUAUUCGCAAGUCAGUGCAGAUCGACCCAUCUGAGCAAAAGACUCUGGCCAAUCUGCCGUGGAUUGUGGAGCCGGGACAAGAAGCCAAGAGGGGAAUUAAUACCAAGUAUGAGACCACGAUUUUCUGAUACUCACCGUCCUCCUGUCCUCGCGGUGCCUUGCACGCCGAGCAGUCCGGAGCAGGCUUUCCUUCCCGCCUCCGUUUCCACCCAGCCUAGGAGGAAGACUGCUCUGCUUGUGUGGCCUUGUCACAGGCGAAAUGCCGCUGGCCAUUCCUGGGGACGUUCUUUGUGCACCAGUGACAGAAAGUACAGCCAAGACUUUCCAGCCGUAACCCCUGAGAGGCAUGAGUUGAGAUGUUCGCUGACUCCCCUCCCCGCCACCACCCAAGGUAUUUCUAGUGACUUGGCCCCAACACUGGCUUUGUUGUAGUUGGGGAUAACACCUUUUAAAAAAAAAGAAAAAAAAAGUACAGGGGAUCUCUAAUACUGCCUAAAAAUAUAAAAAUCUUGGGUUUUUCGCUGUCAGCGGUUUUAAAGGUAGCAUCAGAACAACCCCCAUAAAGCAUCUGUAAAAUCAUUACACCACUGAAUACCCUUUCACACAACAGGACAAAACCACUCUCGUGGUUACCAGGAAACCCUGCUUCCCAAUUUCUAUAUUUGUGGAUUUUAUAUGUAAUCAACUAUGUCAGAUAAAGAGAACCUUUACAUCUAUGGACUGAUUCAUGAUUUACGAAUGAUUUAAAAACAGAGGAAUUUAUUAUGCACAGAAAAAUGUGUCUUGUAUUAAAUAUUUUUACUAAAAGGAUGUUUCAUUAAUGCAUUGAUAAGAAAAUUAGGUUAGUUGUGAGGGAUAUUUCUGGUGUCAUUUCAAAUAACUAAAUUUCUACUGCUACUACCAAGAAGACUGGCUCAGGCGUGGCUAAGUACUGAUGGCACUCUGACCAGAGCAGGAGAUUCAGGCAAGCAGACCAGGGUCUGACCCAAAGUGCUGAUGCAGCCAUAAUCCUGCAGAGAUUGGGUUUUUUUUAAAAUCCUCAGUGUUUUAAAGAACAUGUUUAAAAAACAAAUUGGGGCUCCUGCUGUCAAGAUUUCUGUCGUGGAAACCUUGUUUGAGAAAGGUGUUAAUAAAAUUCUGUUGCAAAAAAAAAUUUUUUCUAGAAAAAAUAAAUACAAAAAAAAAAAAAGAUAUUCCAAAGUAAUAAAAC